AUGGUGGAUGAACUUGGUCAUCAGUCUGUGGAGGUGACCAGAGAAGUUUUCAUGCGCAUGAACAGAACUGAUCUGGUGCAGAAGUUACCAGAGAGCAGCUCAGCAUCCAGAGAGAAACACUCUGUGGAUGAACAUGGAGCUGCACUGUUGAAGAGAGAAAAAGAACGGGAAGCUGUUAGACCUGUUAGACAGAUUCUCUUGGAAACACUGAAUGAAUUCAGUCAAAAGGAUCUCGGGAAAUUUAUUCUGUUGCUGCCGUUCACGUGCUUUAACAUGGGCCUGCCACAAAUGGAGAGGUACUGGUAUCCAAACUGGACAGAGAGACUUGUGAAUCUGAUGGUGGAUGAACUUGGUCAUCAGGCUGUGGAGGUGACCAUGGAGGUUUUAACAGACAUGAACAGACCUGAUCUGAUGCUGAGGCUGUCAGAGAGCAGCUCAGCCUCGAGUGAGUCAGCUGGAGCAGCUGGUGGAAGUAAAACCGCAGGGGGAGAGGACUUUGUGGACAAACAUAGAGUCCAGCUGAUCCAGAGAGUGAGCAACAUCGCACCCAUUUUGGAUGAGCUCCAAGACAAGAAAGUUAUUGAGCAAGAACAAUAUGACAAAAUUAGAGCUCUGCCUAUCUCUCAGGACAGGAUGAGGGAGCUCUACAGUGGUCCCCUGAAAGCCAGUGCAGCCUGCAAAGAGAUCUUCUAUGACAGCCUUUUGGCACAUGAGAUAUUUCUCGUUGAAGACCUUUCAAAGAAGUAA